AUGGGAUGGCGGCUGAGGAAGCACUAUUACACUGUAAAAAAUCGUCAGAAUCCCAAGCAAGAACUACUACUUGCUUGGGUAGAAUUUGGUCCAGAUAAACAUCUACAGGACAAAGAUAUGCAAGGUGUCUUUAAAAGUUUGGGAACCUUAAAGCACAAUUAUAUAGAGCCAAUUGUUUAUCAACAUGUGACAGAAAGUGGGGCAUUAAUGAUAAGAAACUUUCACCCCACUGGUACAUUGCGUGACACUUUGUGUGUGACUAAACCUAAACAACCGUUUAUUAAAAAAUACGGGAAUCCAAAACAGACUAAAUCGUUGAUAGUGCCUGAAAUUGCUAUGUAUGGUUACCAGAUUUUGGAAGCUUUAGGAUUUCUUCACGAAAAAGGCCUGCCUUAUGGUCAUUUGCACACAGGUAACAUUCUUCUAACUCAGAGAUGUGCAAAAUUAUUAGACAUAGAAAAUGGUCUUUUGGGCUUGCCCGCAUUUUAUCGACCAUACGUUGUACAGAGACGUAAACUUCAUGCCACGACGCAAGUGGACGUUUACUCGUUUGGACAUGUACUAUAUGAAAUGGCAUUUGGAAGGCCAUUGUUAGAGGCAACUUGUUCAGAGUUACCACAUUGUGAAGCAACCCUAAAAAGUCUGUUAGAGGUGAUUUUGUCACCCGAAGCUUUAAAACAGGACCUUCCAACAAUACAACAUUUAUUGGAACAUCCAUUUUUCGAGUCAGCAAGGCGUGCAGCGUUAGCUGUUAGUUCGGUGGAGAAACCACAUUUUAAACUGAGCAGUCAUUUGAAAGAGGCUCUACAAGAGGCGGUGAACAAAGCAGAACAAAGAUUGAAAGACGAACAAAAAGUUGUGAGACACCAAAAGAGGCUUGUCAAAGUUCAAGAAAUGAUGAGUUCAGAAGAAGAGAUGAAGAAACGUAAACAAAAAUUAAAAAAAGAACAAAAAUUAGCACAAGAACAAAGGUCUGCAAAUCAGUUGGGUACAAAUGGAAUGAAACACGUGAAUGGCAAGAGUCCAGAGCGUUCGGAAAGUCCUACGAGUACUUCCACAGCAACGAGUGUUGGAACCUUGACUCCACCAUCGCUGCAUGGCCCACACAGUGAUGGAGUUACUGCUAAGGGUGCUGUUCCACCGCCUCCAUCGCUACCUAUUAAUGUGCUCGAUAACGUUCCAAAGGUGACCAACGAACGAGCUGCUCUUCUGGGAAGUAUUUCUAAUUUCAACAAAGCUAGUCUUCGCAAAGUUUCCUCCAAUGGAUACCGUUGA